UUCUUAUUUUUAUAUACUUAUUUAUAUAUAUAUAUCUUCUUCUUAUGAGCGUAGACAAACACAAUCUCUCUUUCUCUUACACAUAAGCAUUCAGAAAGACCAAUUUUAAUGCAGAACUCUCUGCAUUAGUCACAUUGCUUAUAUCAUCAUCAUCAUCAUUAUCUUUUUCAAAUUUCUUUUCUGAAUUUUGAUUCUUUUUUGAGCAUUCCUCGGUGAUACAUGUAAUUGGAGAUUUAUAUAUAUACUUGUAUCAAGAAGAAAGAAACUAUAUAUAUAUAUAUUAGUAUUACCCUAUAUACCAUGGCUGAGACUGCAGCUAAAGAGCGUUCUUUAGAGGAGACGCCGACAUGGGCUGUUGCUAUUGUUUGCCUUGUCAUGAUUGUUAUUUCAGUCCUGAUUGAGCAUGCAAUUCAUAUGAUAGAAAAGUGGUUUAAGAAGAUUCAUAAACCAGCUCUAGCAGAAGCACUUGAAAAGAUUAAAGCAGAGCUGAUGCUUAUGGGAUUUAUAUCCUUGCUUCUGACAGCACUACAAGGUCCUAUAUCUGAAAUUUGCAUUUCAGAAAGUGUUGCAUCUACUUGGCAUCCUUGCAAUAAGCAGCAAGAGGAGACUAAGGCAGCAGCAGAAGAAAUAAAUGCUAGCAAAAAUCGUCGAAGGCUUCUACGGUUCCUGGAUGGCAGUGCUGGUGAAAGUACUAGACGUUUUUUAGCAGCUAAAUCUGGUGCUGAUAAUUGUCCAAGUGGUAAAGUUCCCUUUGUAUCAGCAUAUGGGAUUGAUCAGUUGCACUACUUCAUCUUUGUAUUAGCAGUUGUUCAUAUUCUCUACUGUAUAAUUACAUAUAUUUUAGGCAGUAUCAAGAUGAGAAAGUGGAAGGCUUGGGAGGAUGAGACAAAAACAAUUGAAUACCAAUACCAUAAUGAUCCAGAGAGGUUUAGAUUCGCAAGGGAUACAUCGUUCGGGCGGAGACAUAUGAACUUAUGGAGUAGGUCACCAGUUUUCGUAUGGAUUGUGUGCUUCUUCAGACAGUUCUUUGGAUCAGUUACUAAGGUUGAUUACUUGACAUUAAGGCAUGGAUUUAUCACGGCACAUUUGGCUCCUGGAAGUGAAACAAAAUUUGAUUUCCAAAAAUACAUUAAAAGAUCACUCGAGGACGACUUUAAAGUUGUGGUGGGGAUCACUCCAACUAUAUGGUUUGUUGCCUGUCUGUUGCUGCUGACCAGUACACAUGGUUGGUAUGCUUAUCUAUGGCUGCCGUUUAUCCCCCUAAUUAUAAUCCUAGUAAUAGGGGCUAAGCUACAAGUGAUCAUUACUCGAAUGGGCCUAAGGAUUCAAGAAAGAGGAGAUGUUGUUAAGGGUGCUCCAGUUGUCGAACCAGGCGAUGAUCUCUUCUGGUUCGGACGCCCGCGCCUCAUUCUCUUCCUCAUUCACUUGUGUCUCUUUCAGAAUGCGUUUCAGCUUGCUUUCUUCGCAUGGAGUGUGUGGAAAAUUGGUCCGAAAUCUUGCUACCAUGACAAAACAGAAGAUAUUGUAAUCAAGAUCACAAUGGGGGUCAUCAUACAAGUUCUAUGCAGUUACGUGACUCUGCCUCUUUAUGCUCUAGUGACACAGAUGGGCUCAAGCAUGAGACCGACGAUCUUUAAUGACCGAGUAGCAGCAGCACUUAAGAAUUGGCAUCAUACAGCAAAGAAACAUGCUAAACACAGCAAGCAUUCUGAGAAUCAUACACCAAUGUCGAGCAGACCAACAACUCCUACAUACGGCAUGUCACCAGUUCAUUUGUUGCAUAACUACCGUAUCAGCACUGCUCCUGAUAGCUCACAAGCUUCUCCAAGGAACUCUAACCAUGGCGCUGAGAAUUGGGAUCCAGAAGCAUUGAAUUCUGUACACAAUCAUGAAGCUGAUGAAGUUGAAAAUUAUGCAAGAACUGUUAGGGAAGAAAAUGUAGCAGCAGUUCCAGAACCAAGCUCAAUGGAAUUGCCUCCAGCCCCAGGUUCCAUACGUACUCAACAUGAAGUUGGCAUUAGCGUACGAGAGUUCACAUUCAGGAAAGGAUAAGGGUCUAAUCAGGCAGAGCAGUGCAUAUAAUGGCAAACUUCCAUGUAUGCACAUCUAUCAAAUAGUUAUGGCAAACUUCCCUGAAGAAGAUUUGUAGUAUAGGAUUCUGCAUUACACCGCUGAAUUUUGUGGUCGUAUGUACACUUUCUGUACAUAAUAAGAACCCAGAAUCCAGAUUUUGUACCAAAAGCAAGACUGCAGAAGCUUGCCUUCUCAGCAACAACAAAAGCUGGGAUGCAUUAGGCACUAGCUCAUUCACACUCAGAAUAUAAUUUUUUUUUUUUUUUUUUGGGUUUCUUUAUCAUUUUUUACAGACAGCAUCUUGUAUUUAUUAUAUUGUAAAGCACAGUUUUUUCAUAUUUUUUUUAAUAAUGUUUCAAGAUUUAAGAUACUACAGUUGCCUUAUGUAUAUAUGCUCAAGUUUGGUAAGAAAAAUUUCCAAUUUCUCAA